UGGCAGAAUAAGAGCUUUGGAGAGGAAUAAACUCACAAAGAAGACUUUAGAACUGGCACAGCAGUACUUCUUGCCCCCAUACUCUUUCCAGAUUCGAGUUGGUGCUUUGUACCUUCUCUAUGGGCUCUACAGUACACAGCUUUGUGAGCCAAAACAAAAGAUCAGAAUUGCACUCAAGGAUUGGCCUGAAAUCCAGAAAUUUCAACAGGACCUGAUAAACUCCCAGCAUUAUGACGCAGCGUACAUCUUCAGGACACUGCGACUUGCCAGAGCAUUCCACUUCACAGCAAUGCCAAAGCUACUAAACUACCGAACUAAGAAGAAGGUUCAGGAAAAUGAAUUUAAAGAAGAAUUUAAGGACCCAAGUAACAGAGUAAACAGCCUCAUCACUAAUGAUGUAUUGGAGGAACUAAUGAAUAUUCAUGACCACUAUCAAAAAAUGAAGUGUGUCAUUUCAGCUGACAAAUCCCAGCCAGACAAGGCACUGAGCUUGAUAAAAGAUGACUUUGUAGUUACUCUUAAAGACAUAACUUUGGAACAUCAGGAAUGGCAGCAGAACAGAAUGAAGUUAUUCCUACAUGCUAAAGAAACUGAUGAAAUAUCAAACAAAAAGGAAGAAGAGGCUUUGCUAGAAUCAGAGGGUUCUGAAAGAGCAAAUGCAUUGGCUAGAAUCAAAUACAAGUCUUACUCUGCAGUUGCUGAGGCUUCCAAAUCCAGAAGACAUCGUCAAGUAAAAUUAGAAUCUGCUGAAUCAGGAUCAAAUUAUGGGAAAUCUCCAAGCCAAAGUCAAAAAAACAGUCAGAGACCACAGCCAUCGAGGAGAAGAAAAUCUUUGGAAAUCAAAGGUGAAACACAAGCGGCAAAGGAAACUGUUACUCGGCAUAUUGGGAUGCCUGUCAUCACAGAGGAAAGCUCAGAUGAAGGAG